AUGACGGCAGGCACGUCAGGUGUGUUAGUUGAUGAUCAUGUGCUCGAAAUCCUGCGAAAAGCAAAAGUUGAACAGUUUUCGAAUCGAUUCAUUUUUCAACUUCAAGUUAGACGAUUUGAUCAUUUUGCACAAGUACGGGAUAAAGAUAUGAUUGUGAGUGUUUCCAUAUUUUCGAAAUAUCAAAAAAAUAUAUAUUUUUCAGAGCAUUGGACUUCAACCAGCACAAGUAAAAGAUCUCAGAGAUCAGAUUCAAAAAAUGUCCAGAGAAUUAUGGAAUCGAAGCGACCCAAAACAGGUCAUAUGUUUUUCAUUAAUUAAUUUUCAAUUAAAUUAUCGAACAUUUCAAUUAAUCAUGAAUUCUCUAAAUUUUCCAGGUGUACAUCGCAUCUGAUGCAACUAGCAAUUCACAAGUCUCAACAGAUGAUCGGGCUGUAAUUCCAAACUCCCAGGUUAGUAAAAGUGCACACGUACUUUUAAAGUUUAUCCAAACUUUAUAGGUGAAACUAUUUGAAAAAUUGGGAGAAGGCAGUUUUGCAGUUGUGAAAAGAGGAAUAUGGAUGCAAAAUGAGACAAAGAAGAUUGAUGUGGCAGUGAAGAUUUUGAGGGAUGCUUCGCCGACAGUUAUGGAAGAUUUGAAGGUAAAUUGAAAUAUCAGAGCUUCUUUUAGAAAUAUUUGGUUUUCUAGGCCAUAUUUGUUUUCUUCCAAUAGUACAUAUUUAGAAUACAAUUAUUUCAGAUCGAAGCUGGACAUUUACUGAAACUGCAACACCCGGCUCUUAUCCGCCUUUAUGGAUAUUGCCAACAACCAGCAAUGAUGGUUUUCGAGUUGUGCGAAGGCGGAAGUCUUCUUGAUCGUCUGCGAACUGAUGAUAAACCAAUUGUCUUGGUUACCCAAUUAUUGGAUUAUUCUGUACAAAUCGCCAAGGCUUUUCAAUUUCUCGAAUCCAAACAUCGUGUUCAUCGCGAUCUUGCCGCUAGAAACAUACUUUUGUCAAAAGAUGAACAGGUUAGUUGAAUUUUUUUUGUCAUAUGAAAAACUCAAAUGAAUUCAUUUCAGGUGGUGAAAAUUUGUGAUUUUGGAUUAAUGCGAAGUCUUGCCGAUAAUCAACAGAUGUAUACAAUGAGUCCGGAAAAGAAGGUUCCAUUUGCUUGGUGUGCCCCAGAAUCACUAAAACAUCGCAAGUUUUCGCAUGCCUCAGAUGUUUGGUCGUAUGGAGUUCUACUUUGGGAACUGUUCACAUAUGGAGAAGAGCCUUGGACUGGAUCACGAGCAAUUGAAGUGAUGAAAUUGAUUGAAAGUGGAGAACGAUUAGAGAAACCCAAAUAUUGUUCAACCAAAAUCUAUCAAAUAAUGCAAAAUUGCUGGAAACACUCACCAGAUCAACGUUGUAAAUUCAACACAAUUCGCGAAGAUCUUAAAGCUGCAUCGUUUUUGAAUUGCAUUGUCCGUGAGCCAUUCAGCACUACUCAACCCGGUUAUUUGAAACUGGCGAUUCGUGAUGAGGUCAUAAUAAUUGAGAACGAGUGAGUCAUAUACAUAUUUGUUUAACCAAUUUGCAUAAUAUUGUUUACAGAUCAAACUCCGACUAUUAUGGACAAAGUCGAAAAACACACAAUUUUGGAAUAUUUCCCAGCACUAAUGUAUUUGUACAAUCGAAUACUGCCGCAACAUCUGUUCCGAUUACACCACAGGUAAUAAUAGAUUAUCCAACUGGUUUCGUUUUUUUUGUUUUUAUUUUUUCAUAUUGAGAAACAAUAUUUUUUGUUUUUGUUUUCAGAAAAUACCUGCAAUUACACCUGUAAAAAUAACACCAGCACCUCCUCAACAAAAACCUAAAAUGGCUCCCACGACUACCACCAAUUCAAAAGCUACACCAACAGCAGGAAGUUCAAGAAUAUCAAUGCCCGUCGCAGGUAUGUACUUUAAUUUAAAUUGUACUUCAAAUUCCCUCUGUACCCUUUGUUUUAAGGUUCGUUUAUUCAUACUGGACAUGGUGAUCCAUUAGGAAAUUCUUGGGGAAAUCCAUCGACAAUUGAUGCGGUAUAUUUGAAAAAUCCUGUGAAAGGUGUACCUUUGUCUAGGUUUGUGACAAACAAUUCUUACCCAUAUUUCCCCUUAUGUAUGAAUCUUUAUUUUAGAUCGAAUGGUGUUCAAAUAAUUGCAAGUAAAUCGGAUAUCAAUAACAGUGAGUUAUUUCAACCCUUGUCUUACUGUAAUUUACUAACCUAACCCUUUUAUGUCUAGUUUCGUCAUCUCACCCGUCGACAUCGCUUUCUCUCCAACUUGAUGAUGAUUUUGAAAGAGCAUUUAAUGAUAGUUUCUCACCAUCGGCUAUUGAGUAUCCAAGAGACAUCGGUAUAUUUUUUUUUGUAUUUUUGGAUUUAGUUUCAGUCUCUGAUUUCAUUCCUUGAUCAACAAAAAAAAUAUAAUUCCAGGUCACACUAGUGAUAUUUCGAUUCGCGGAGAUUAUGGAAUAAAUUUGACAAAUGCGUCAACUUCGGCAAAUGUUUUCGAAAAACAUAUACCACAACCUGCCCUGAUUCCAACAAAAGCUGAUACAGUUCGCUUGCCGCCGCCAGUUGAAACAAUUCAGAUUAUCAAGCCAAAAACUGAUAUCAAUUUCAAUCAACCUCGACAUGCAUCUUCAUCAGCAUCCAGAUUAGAUGCGAUGGUUCCAACACCAGCACCAACAAUCAUUAAGAAUCAAUCGAAUGGACAUUUACCUCAAAAUCUAGCUAAUGAGUUGAAGGUUCGAAUUGAAUCCGAUGCUGCCAGACCUCGCCCAGUUUCAGUUAUCGGAUCAGCAAAUGUUCCUAGUUUCCAACAACCUACUCGACCCGUUUCGGUGUUUCACGCCCCAUCAAAUGUUCCAUUACAACCCACACAAAUACCAUGCUUGGUGCCCACACCAAUCAAUAACACGGUGAAUAUGCAAAAAACACUGAAUCAAGAGCUCAAAGUUAAUUUGACACGAAGAGCCACGGAAAUCACAACUUCAAAACCAACAAGAUCGCAAUCUACUUCAGCGCAACCAGUUAUUCCGCAGCCAACAAUCCCGCAACAACAAAUCCAACCAGCACCGAAAGCAGUAAUUUCGCAACCAGAAAUCAAACAACAACAAAUCCAACCGACACCAAAGCCAGUCAUGGCUCCACCAAACUUUGAUGCUCCUGUAGCUCCAAAAUCGGAUAAGGUUGUUAUAAGAAAAUCAUCCGAAAAUCCAGCACUAUCACAAGAUGAGCGAAGAUCAAAAAUAAUAUCACAAGUCAGUGAUUGGCUUCCGGCGCCAAGUCCAUUGUUGCUUGGAGCAAAUACAACACCUCCCACAAUUGUUGCGCCAACCAAACCUACUCAUAUUACAACUUUAACUCCAGCUCCAGCAGUUGCCCCAACUCCGGUUCCAGCUCCAGUGGUCAAGAAAAUUUCAGAGCCUGUUUUAUCGAACACAGUAUUACAACCAACCGUUUUGCCAUCAGCCAGAACCAAAUCAACUGUCGAUCCACCAACUGUGCAACAAGAAAAGGCAAGUUAUUUUCAAUGAAACAAAUAAAAUCAAUAUUUUAUAGCGUGCCCCAGUUCAAGCUCCACCACAAGUACCAUUGUUCAACAUAACAAAUUCAAGCACACCACAUGUUUACCCAAGUGUAUAUCCAAAUUAUAGCAAUGGUUAUGGGAUCAAUAAUGGAUACGCGUUUUCUAGUAUGUUUUAUUUAUUGAAAUAUAAUUCAAAAUUAUUUUUUCCAGAUUACAAUUCGUAUUACAAUCCAUAUGGAAACCCUUCAAUGAUGCGACCAAUUACUAUGGGACCAACAAUUCUUCCAAGCCUCCCUUCAUCGGAAAACCAGGCUUCAACAUCAAAUAUGAUAACCCAGCCGCUUGGAGAAUCUGACAUCGCUGAACUUUUGGGACGACCAAGAUCUACAUCAGUAGCCGCAGUCGCAACACCAAAACCCCUUUCAGAUUUAUCACAGAAAAUGGAGGUGUUGUAUAAAGAGGCAAAUUUUACACAGUAAGUUUUUGUUAAAGGUGUUGUUGACCUUUUUUAUGUUUGUACAUAUGAGAUAACAUUUUUAUGCAUGUUCCAUAUUUUGAUACUGAUCUAGGUAGUUAAAAUUGGGAAAAAUAAACAAAGGAGAAGUUGAAACGCGUUCCAUAUGCAUUGCACUUUCUCACAUCAGAUAAAAAUGAAAUUUUUUGGAAAUUUAAAAUUUAUCAUUAACUAGAAGUAAACCAUAAAACAAUAGGGUUCAUCGUUGCAAAAAACCUAUAUCAAUAAUACUUUAUUCCAAACCCUUCAACUCCAACUUUUUUUCAGCCGCGGAAAUUGUGAUGCAAUGGUUGCUCGUUGUAAUGGAGACGUGGAACUUGCGCUUAAACGUCUGAAACAAGCACAACUCGUCGAAAUUGGAGUCGCUGAAAAUGUCGAAAAAGCUCGAACUGCUCUAGAAGCCCGGAAUUAUGAUCUCGCUGCUGCCGCAAAUCUUCUCCUCGGUUAA